UAUCUUCAUCUCUAUCGUUCUCCUAUUAAUUACUCCUGUAUACCCGAAUCAUCACAAACCCCGAUACCCAAGGAGGCCUUAGAUCCUAUAAUAUACACAGGUUCCAGAGAAAUAUGCCUUCUAAGAGGAAGAGGGCUCCAACAGCGGCUUCAGGCCCAUUGGCUCCUACCGUUGAUGGGAAGCCGCCAGCGUGGGCAAAUUUCCGCUCGGAGUUAGGUGACACCCUUCCAUGGUUCCGAGCCGUUCAAGGUGGCAUAUAUCAUAAAGAUGGUCUGGCAUGGGGGGUUCUCAUUAGUCGCGACUCGGGAGAACGCUCAUACAUCGAUGAAGAAAUUGUGAUAACCAGGAUUGGAGGCUCAUGCUCUAGGAACGCGAAUGGGGAUUUGGUUCACGUCAAGGACCAAGGGCAGGAAGAUCUUCUGGUGAAAUGUCUCCUGAACAGCAUGAAGCAGAAAGUUCCUAUCGGAAUUAUCAUUGGGGAGCAGAACGCAGUCUUGGGAAGGACGGUCCCGCACCCGUAUAAUGUGAUGGAUUACUUCCGUAUCACGAACAUCUGGUUUGAAUUUGUUGACAAUCAUAGAGCUGCAAAGGUGCGCUAUGAGAAGUUAGAUCUCCAGAGCAAGAGCUGGUGGGCAAACAAAGAGUCGAUAUCGCCACCGCCCCUGGGAGGACGCGAUUUUGCAAGCAGACCAAACUCAGCCGAAUGCAAUGCAUGUAGCCACAGAAGCUUUCAGAUAUUUCAUCAAGGCUGGAUGUGUCUACAGCCAUCUUGCACCCGUUUCUUUAAAAUUGGAUCAUCGGCCGCUCCCGCAAAUCUCACCUACCAUGAAAGGUUCCUGAGCUAUCGGAUGGCUCCAGACCCUACCAUAAAACCUCACCAUAGCCUGAUACCAGAUUUUCUUAGCACUUUUGACGAAGAUGAUGCAAGUGUAGCCACCAGUAGAGUGGCUUGGAAAGGCAUUGUAUGCCCACAGUGCCGCAAGUGUGUUUCACGAAAGUACUGGAGUGGCUGGAAGUGUAGCGACGAUGAUAAUUCUAGUUCGGCCCAGCCUCAGUGUCUCUGCACGUUUGAGAAGAUGACACAAAUGCCAAUUGUGUCGCUACGAUCUGUAAUUGACACCCUCGAAAUUGCUCCCAUGAAGCGAGCCUUUAUUCCUGAUGACAGGUUCAUGACUCCCGUCAUUGACGAUGACUCACUAGCUCCAUAUAGGAGGCUAGUCUAUGCUAUCCCAGGAGUCGGUCACAUCACGCACUUGGUGUCGAAUAGAGACAUAAAUGAAUGCCCCAACGGACCAAACACGAUGUUUACACAACUGCAGCUGGCUGAGCUGGGGUUGCAGAGAUUUCCUUUGAGUAAUGCCGUGGUCACUGGGACACUUACCGCGCACUUUGCGGUAAACUACGGAAACCCGUAUAAGUAUGUCGCGCCAGUGAAUUGCAAAGGUUUCGACGAGGCUCCUGGGGUAGUUCUAGAUGCAUUCGGCCGUCUACAGUGGGCAACGGAACAAGCUGUGCAUCUGGUUGGACAGACGCUCUGUCCGCCGAAUGAAAUGCUAGUGCUGGGUUAUUUUGCGGAGAUGAAGAUCGGAUAUCACGACGACGGCGAAACGUCCCUUGGUCCCACCAUUGCGACACUAUCACUGGGGGCUCGCUCUACAAUGCAGAUCCGUAUGAAAUCCAAAUACUACAAGGGCCAGAGUAGCAGGAACGUUCUACUUGAGAAUGAUCCGGUGCUUCCAGGCUGUUUGUUUCAGCCACAAAGGCAGGCAUGGAAAACCGAAUUCGAGGAUGGAGUGAUCACACAGGCAAAGUAUGACAAGCGCCGGAACGAGUUCUUUAAGAGAAACCGCACCCGAGGCGAGGCCAAACCGUGCAUUAAACUGGAUCUCCACCAUGGAGAUAUGGUUGUAAUGCAUGGUGAAAACCUUCAGAGAUACUAUGAGCACGAGGUUGUUCCUGACAACAAAUUGCGCUUUGCUUUGACCGCGCGUCACAUCAAAGCAGACCAUGUGGACCCUAAGGAUAUUCACAAGGGGGAUAUUACCCUUGCGGGACACCAAAUCUACAAUGGAGUCUGAGUAUUGGUGUUUUAUUCUGUUGUAUUGCUUUUUGUUUCUCUGAAUCUCACCGCCGAUGGUGGCUGACCUUGUGCUGCCCCAGUUGCUGUUUUCUACUUAGCCUUUUCUGUUUCUCUGAGAUCUGCUCUUCGAUGACGGCUCGCAUCAUGUUUUCUCUAUUAUAAUUGCCUUUCUAGUAGUCACUACCUAUACGAAUACAAACUUGAUAUGUUGUCACCAUUGUCACCGGUGGGCCAAUGCAUCGUUUGACCUACUGAUCCCUCUUGAACCAGCCACUUCCUUCACCAAGUUCAAAACCUUGAGAUCUCUCGGGGGCUUCGAAGGCACCAACGGGAAAAUAACCAGAUGGGGAAGUCGAAACCUCCUCAUACUCAUUCGAAACGGGCUGCCACUCGUUGGAGAAUUGACCGCCA